UGUCUGUGAAAGAAAAGUUGUGGGAGAUGCGUUUUUCCAGCAGUAAAUAGCAAUUGGAUAAGUAGUGAAGUGAUAGUGUUUUGCUGAUUAGGCGUCACUGUGCCAUGUGAUGCUGUGUGUAGUGCAAUUGGCGUGCGUGUAAUGGGAAUUGAGAUGAAUUGGGUCUCGCUUCUGACACUUCCGUGAACAUUUUCCUCCUUUUUCGCCCCCUCGCCGCCUCUCUUCAAGCCUCUCGUGCGCCCGCGGGCGUGUGCAUCCAGUGGCCUGCAAAGAGGCAGAGUGUGAUGCGCCUUGCUGACAUGUGCACCGCCCGAGAUCCACCCGGAAAUGCCUGAGGGCCGCGUUGCUGCGCCUUGGGAGCGCCACACUGUCCGACUGAAUGGUGUGGACUUGGGCGAGCGGCCGUGCGGAUUGUAGUGCGAACUGCCCGCGGAUUAAGUGGGGGUGCUCCGUGUGAGAGUGACAGAGUGAGAUGCAGGCGAAGAAACGGUAUAUCCUCGUGUUCGUGUCAUGUGCUUUCCUGGCCUAUUGCUACUUUGGCGGCUACCGCCUCAAAGCGCCCCGCGGCGCCACGGAGCCCAGCAGCUUGCCCUCCUUCGCCGCCCAGCAUGACCUGGCGGGCGACGCGGCGAGCACCAUGGCGGAGCAGCGGAAGCCCUGCAGGAUGGAAACGUGCUUCGACUUCUCGCGCUGCUACAGCGACUUCCUGGUCUACGUCUAUCCGCCAGAGCCGCUCAACUCGCUGGGCGCCGCGCCACCCAUCAGCCCCAACUACCAGAAGAUCAUCUCGGCUAUCACAGAGAGCCGCUAUUACACCACCGAGCCGGACAAGGCGUGCCUCUUCGUCCUGGGCAUCGAUACCCUCGAUCGCGACAGCCUGAGUGAGGACUACGUCCGCAACGUGCCGUCGCGCCUCCAACGGCUGCCGCACUGGAACAACGGACGCAAUCACAUCAUCUUCAACCUCUACUCGGGCACCUGGCCAGACUACGCCGAGUACAGCCUGGGCUUCGAUCCGGGCGAGGCGAUCCUGGCCAAGGCCAGCAUGAGCAUCCAGCAGAUGCGGCCUGGCUUCGACAUCAGCAUCCCGCUGUUCCACAAGCAAUUCCCCCUCCGCGCUGGCAACUCCGGAUUUGUGGUCAGCAACAACUUUCCGGCCAACAAAAAGUACUUGCUUGCCUUCAAGGGAAAAAGAUACGUCCAUGGAAUUGGUUCCGAAACGAGAAACUCACUAUUUCACUUGCAUAAUGCCAGGGAUUUGGUGUUAGUCACGACAUGUCGCCAUGGCAAAAGCUGGCGGGAAUUGCAAGAUGCUCGCUGUGAUGAGGAUAAUCGAGAGUACGACAGAUAUGACUAUGAGAUGCUGCUGCAAAACUCGACGUUUUGCUUGGUGCCGCGAGGACGUCGCUUAGGAUCAUUUCGCUUCCUUGAGGCACUUCAGGCUGGCUGCAUUCCAGUGCUGCUCUCGAAUUCCUGGGUAUUACCAUUCCAAUCGAAAAUUGACUGGAAUCAGGCGGCCAUUUGGGCGGAUGAGCGCCUUCUUCUGCAAGUGCCAGACGUGAUUCGAUCCAUUUCGGCCAGUCGCAUCUUGGUGCUUCGCCAACAAACGCAAAUGCUCUGGGACAGAUACUUCAGUUCCAUUGAGAAAAUCGUCUUCACAACAUUUGAGAUUAUCCGUGAGCGCAUUCCCGACUAUCCUCAGCGCAAUGGGCUGGCGUGGAAUUCAGCACCGGGAGCGCUGCUCACGUUACCGACAUACUCGGACAGCUUGAGGCACAUGCCAUUUCACAUGGACAUACAGGAUUAUCAACCUGGUCAUAACUACACUGCUAUUAUAUUUGUACAAAUUGGAACUUCUUUGACACCAAAUACUGCACUCUAUCGACUAGUCAAAAGCACGACACGGAGUCAAUUUGUGGACAGGAUAAUAAUACUGUGGGCAUCAGAUCGACCCAUUCCGUCGCGCAAGAGGUGGCCCUCCACCGGCCACAUUCCCCUCAAUGUCAUACAGAGCAACACAAAUGAGGAUCGCACGAGCAUCUCCCAAAGAUUUUAUCCGCACCACUUAAUUAAAACCGACGCCAUUCUGUCUCUCGAUGAAGAUGCCAUACUCAAUACUGAGGAAUUAGAUUUUGCAUAUCGCGUUUGGCGGGAUUUCCCCGAUCGCAUAGUUGGCUAUCCGGCUCGGGCGCACUAUUGGGAUGACGGAAAGAAUGCGUGGGGCUACACAUCCAAAUGGACCAAUUACUAUUCCAUUGUCCUCACCGGAGCUGCAUUCUAUCAUCGAUACUACAAUUAUCUGUACACGAAUUGGCUGUCGCUGCUGCUGCUGAAAACUGUGCAGCAAUCGUCAAACUGUGAGGACAUCUUGAUGAAUUUCCUCAUUUCGCAUGUGACAAGAAAGCCCCCAAUUAAAGUGACACAGAGGAAAGGCUACAAAGAUAGGGAAAGUGGCAGGUCUCCUUGGAAUGAUCCUGAUCAUUUCAUCCAGCGACAGAGUUGUUUAAACACCUUUGCUGCGGUUUUUGGAUAUAUGCCACUUUUGCGAUCCAAUUUGCGUCUCGAUCCCGUGUUAUAUCGCGAUCCUGUGUCGAAUUUGAGGAAGAAGUAUCAUCAAAUAGAACUAGUUGGUAGCUAGCGAUUCAUUUACAAUUUCAAAAAGUGAAAAUAGGAGAAAAGUAUGAAGAUAGAGUUUAUUUGUGACGCGCUUGAGAAAUACAAUUGAGCAAAAUUAUGCAUAUUCCGACUUGUUAACUACCGAAAUUCCAAUGUGAAAAAUGCGCAAGUAGUUUGAAGAUUAGUGGAAAUGUUUCGAUUUUUUUGAUUUUGUUUAUUGUGUCUAAAGGGUAAUAUGUAUUUUAUACGUCUUAUAUAGUUGUAAAUAAUGUAGUUGAUGAUGUGUAAAGAGACAAAGCCAGAUUAAAUGGGGAAUAAUUGAGAAUUUCUAUAGGACAAAUUGUUCUUCACUAAAAGUUGAAAAAGAAACAUUUUGAUGAGCUUUUAUCAACAAGAAUUUUGAUUUCUCCAUAUUUUCCUAUUUUUAUAAUGAUAUAACUUCUAUUUUCACUUUUGCACACGAGAAGAAAAAAAAAUGUCUACCAAAAAUCUAUAUGGAAACUUAUGACACAUAUUUUAUAUGGGCAGGAUUGUACUCCAUUUCUUGCAUGGAGAGAAGUGACGUUGAAGAAAAACUGUACAUUGCUAAAAAAAAAAGGGUUAAGUAUAUAGAUAGACGGGGACUGAAACAAAUAUUUACAGGAAAAAUUAAUAUGAAACCAUUCAAAGCAUUCUCAUUGUGAGAGUCGACGUGAAAAGGAAAUAAAACAUCGUGGUGGAUUUUAAACAAAUUUACACUGAUAAUCUAACACACAAACAUAAAAACUGAAUCAUACGAAAAAUAAUUUUAACGGAUGCUGGCAAAAUGGAGAAAAAUCGUAGUCAAAGUUGAUCCAAAGAGAAUAAUUUAUCAGCAUUUUGCUUUUGGAACCUCUUUUUUUAGACAAUACGUAUGAAUUGUACACAAUUUUUGGGGGAUGAAAGAUAAUCUGUAACCAACAAUACAAUAAUAAACCAGUCAAUUUUUUUGAGACGGAGGAAAAAUAUCACUGUAAAUUGAUACAAUUAGUGACAAACUAUAAAUUUAUCAAUUAGUGUGACAUUUUUUAUAAUAUUGUAUAAAAAGAAAUUCUUGAUAUUUCGUAAUAAUUAAUGAAAUGCAACCAAUUUUGUAUUCAUGUAUUUUUCAUGCAAAAGAAGAAAUUGUGGGAAGUCUUUUUUUAAAAAGUGAAUAAACAUGCGUGGAGAAUUUUUAUUGAGGUGUAGAGGACAAGGCAAAAAGGGAGAAUCAAAUCUAGAUAAAAAAAAUAGAUGAAAAAAAUCUACGCUAAGUAGUUUAAUUUUUUUGUAGACUCUAAUAUAUGUAAAUGACUUUUUGUUGUGGAAGAAAAAGAAGCGAAGACUAAAUUUCCAAACAUUUAAUCUGAAUGUGACAUUAAAGAAAUAACAUAAAGAAUUACUCUUCUAAUAAUAAUCUAACUGUGUGUAAAUAAUAUUAAAAUGAUUUUGGGUUUUACUUUAAUGAAGUAAUGCUGACACCGCAUGUUAAAAAGUGAGAAUUUGUCUGUUCCAUAAACAAAAAUUGCAUGGUGAAUUUUCCCAUGUUUUUCAUAAGAGUUCUGAACUUUUUAUGAUAUUUUUUGUCUUCUUAAACUCAAUUUCCAGAGAGUUUUAAUGAUAGAGAUGUUUUAAACUGACUUGUACUCUCUUUCUAGCAUGAGAAUGUUUAUUUAUUUUUGAGCAAUUUAUAACCUGAAAGAUGAAUCAAAGUUUGAAUUAUUUAAUUUUUGCCCAUUAACAAGCACCAUUAAAAUGGCAAUAAAAUAGAGCCAAUUUGAGAAAUUUGAAUACUACAUAGUCAUAAAAUCAAUGUAAUGUUUGUUAAUGGAAUGAGCAAUUUUAUCAACACAAAAAUGAGCAAUAAAGAACCGAUGAGAAUUUACUAAAAUUCCAACACAACGCAUGCUAUUCGCUGAAUAAAAAAUAGAAAAAACGCGUUAAUAUGCAUUGCAACACAAUUGAAAAAUAUUUUGUGGAUUUCAUGUGAGAAUUGUAGAAUUUGCAAAACAAUUCUCUGGCACAUUUUGAGCGAUUUUAUUGUAAUUCUAAACUCAAUAUCGGAUAAAAUUUACCCUAUAUAAUAUUGCUAAAAAAAAAGUGAGAAUGGAGAUGCAAUGAUUAGAGGAAAGUAAUCCUAUAAAAAUAAAGAAGAAUUUAUCACAAUUGAAACAUGAAAGCAAAUUAAGAGAAAAAAAAUGAUCAACAUAUCACUAAACUAAAAAAAAAGUCUACAGACGGUGAAAAAGCAGUUGUAUCACUACCGAACAUAAGCGCAAACAUUAGAACUUCAAUUAAGAGAUUAAUAACUGAGGAGAUUUAGCG